AUGACGGCUGGAAGUGGAGGAGGCAGUGGAGCAGCCGAGGAGAAGUCUACCAUCCGAAGAUUUGCCAUGUUCAUGGCUGGAUUCUCGCUUCUACAGACUCUACGUGUUGCCAUUACGGCGGGAAGGUUUGCAGUGGUUAGGUUUGGCAUUCCUAGUGGACAGAUUGGCAUUUUCAUCAACUCCAUUCACCAUUCCAUGGAGACAGCUGGUGAUGUUGGUCUCUUCCUAAUGUCGUUGUACGUCCUGUUUAGUAAGCGUGACAAGACUGCUGACUACAUUGUAUCCGUCAUUGCCAUUUGGGGUCUCUUUGUGAUGAACCUAUUGUUGAUAGUGGCAUAUUCAGUUGGAGGUGAACGUGGAUGUCUUACCUUUUACUACUGGGUUCUUGUUAUUGCUUCCCUAGGAUUUGGUUUGGAUGAAUCUAUAUCCAUUACCAUUGGAGUUGCAGAUGUUGCUUACUUUGGUCUUGGUAUGCCCCUCUCUGGUAUCAUGGCUUGUCUAUACCAUGCUGUCUAUCUCUACUUUGCCGAGAAGUUCCAGUGGCAUGACACAUACUUUUGGAUAGUGAUUGGACAAAUUCUGAUAUCAGCAUUGGUUUCCGGUAUUGCAGCCAUUGUAUGGACCAUUGCGUAUAGAAACUUCGAUCCAGGGGGUACACAAGCUUCAGGAGAAGCUACCACUAGUCCACCUAGUGGGCCUAGUCAAGGGCCAAAAGGGGGUUUAUGGAAGAGAGCUAGAGGGGCUAUAUCUAAUAUGCUAAUGUGUCUCUGCGGAAUGAGUUGCAUCUAUGCCUUCUAUCCAGCCAUAGCACCGUAUCAAUUCGUGAGUCCAGAGGCUGGCCACUUGAUAGAUUUAGCCUUGUUGUUCACAAGUGCCAUUCCUUCUCUCGUCAUUGCAGCUGUGUGCUCAUGGACUGAUAAGGGUCCGGACAGACCAUGGACUAAGGAUGGUAAAGGUAAUUUUGCAUGGUGGCACGCAACAUGGCUGUUUAUGAUUCCCUAUGUAACGGCAAUGACCUUGUGUAUCUUUGCUAUUCACUAUCCCAAUUGGAGAAGCUCCAGGGCAAUUUAUGGCAACAUAUGGACUACAGGUGUGAUCACAGUUACCCUGAAAUGCUGUGAAGAGACUCUAAAGGGUGUAGCCAACAGCGGUGUUGGAAUGCAAAGUGCUGAUAAUAAGGGUGACGGACAACUGUCAGCUCUGAAUGCUCUUACAGCUCAGUUUACCAUGGACAUUGUUGCAUACAUUGGCGGUGGUUAUGUCAAGGCUAUUACAAAAUAUGAUAGAGACAACUGGCCAACUAAACACUAUGGAUUCUGGAGGUCACUAGGAUUUUGGGUUGGCAGUGCUCUUUCUGGUGGAUUAAAAUGUGUCCGUGAAUCCUUUACUACGGACAUUAGAGCAAAUCUGAUAACUGGGAAUGAGGUCUUGUUUAUUGUUUAUGCUGAUGAGUAA